AUGUCAAAGGACGAGGACAUUGAGCAGUUCCAUGAGCAACUUAUUGACCAAGAAGAGCAGUUCAAAACUAUUAAUCGAUCAGCUGAUAAGGUUCAACAUGCCGCUCAGAUCACUCCUUCAAUGGCUCUUUCUCGCAUGGAGUAUCUACAAACAAUCUGGGGACAGUGCACUCAGCGGCAUCUUCGUUUGAUGCAAUUCAGCAAGGAUGAAGAAUUUGCGACUCAGCUGUACUUCACGGAAAACCGAUAUGCUGCAAUGGAAGAUAUUUGUAUCGACACCGUUGCAGCGUACAAGGACAUCCUUCAACAAACAUCAUCUCCACCAGUUCAAGCCGCCGUGAUUGCGGAGCCACGAAAAGUGGCCAAGGUACCUCUCUUAAAACUACCAAGAUUUUCCGCCCUGGAAGCGUCAGGAAGUGCACCGAGUAAAACUGUGCCGACUACGCAUUCUCGAUCUAAUGCACCAUCGUCGCGGAAAGUGCAAAGCCAUCAUGGCAAUGCGACCGCGAAACCAUGCAGUUUAUGUGAUGACUCGCAUGCAUUAUAUCAGUGUAAGGUCUUUAUUUCCAAAUCGGUUCCCGCACGAUGGGACAUAGUGAAUAACGUAUCGGCUUGUACAAAUUGUCUGUCAAUAGUGCAUCGUACUCCGAAAUGUGCCAGUCGCCGCACAUGCGCAAUCUGCCGUCGCCGUCAUCACACGCUAUUACAUCGUUCUGGGGAAUCGCAAUCGCAGACGUCGUGUGAUCGAUCAGUUGUUGACUCAUCAGCAACUGACGACGUGCGCCACGCACCUAGCACCGAUGCACCGAACAUUGUAUCGGUUCCGCGACCCGAUGCAAGUCUGGUGCAAUCUCAUCAUAAUAUUAGUAUGACUUCUGCAAACGUUGUCCUCGCGACCGCAUGGAUUCAUGUAAGCGCUCCGUCACACCGCACUAUUAAAGUCCGCGCUCUUUUAGAUGGUGGAUCGACGCACACUUUUAUAACCCGCGAACUGGCAAAUGCACUGCAAUCUCGGACGUAUCCGACUGUCGCGUUAAUCGGAGGCAUCGGGCAAAUGACAACGAAAUCGGCCGAUCGUGUGAUGCCGAUAACGGUCAGUCCGACGCAGACUGCUACGCCGAUUUUUUCGACAGAUGCAUUAAUUUUACCAUCGUUAACGGCUUAUGUACCGCACUUUUACUGCAAGCUGUCGCACUGGCCGCAUCUGAAUGGACUUAAACUCGCUGACGGAUGCCCCACCGAUAAUACGCCCAUUCAUACAAUUCUCGGUUCGGAUCUUUAUCCAUACGUACUUCGCGACGGGCUGCGGACUGGUACGACCGGUCAGCCGGUGGCACAGAAUACCGUUUUCGGCUGGGUCUUGUCGGGGGCCACUCGAACCAAAACUGAUGCAUCAUGUGAUGCAUCCGCGGUGCAUGUGCAUCAUGCACAGCUGCACGACUCAUUGAAGCGGUCACUCGUUCGCUUUUGGAAAAUAGAGGAGGUCAUGCAUCGUCCCCCCAUUUCAGAGGAGGACGCCCAAUGCGAACAACACUUUGUAUCUACGCACACGCGCGCAAAAGAUGGAAGGUACAUAGUUCGUUUGCCGUUUAAACGCAACCCGACACGCGGUCUGGGCGACACUCGCUCUCGCGCACAAUGCUGUCUCCUAGCGUUAGAGCGACGUUUGGCUAAAGUUCCCACCGCGUAUGAGACAUACCAUGAAUUUCUCGAUGAGUAUGAACGACUUGGUCAUAUGCAAGUCGCAUUCACCGACCCUACCGCAGAGUCUUGCUAUUUGCCACAUCAUGCAGUCCUCAAAGUCGAUAGUGCAACCACGAAAACCAGGGUGGUGUUCAACGCGUCGUCACCUUCGACGACUGGAACAUCCCUUAAUGACUUGUUGAUAAUCGGACCCAAACUGCAAACCGACUUGCAAUUAUUACAUUUACAGUGGCGUGCAUAUCGCUUUGUAUAUUCAGCAGAUGUGGAGAAAAUGUACCGCCAAAUUCAGGUCGAUCCAAGGGACGUAAAUUACCAGAGAAUUCUUUGGCGGUCUUCUCCGUCCACCGCAAUUCAGGAGUACCAACUACUCACCGUCACAUACGGUACCGCAAGCGCCCCGUUUUUAGCGUUACGCGUCCUUCGUCAACUGGCGGAGGAUGAAGGUCACGACCUUCCACUAGGCAGACAUGCGCUUCUUACGUCUAUGUUUGUGGACGACGCACUUUUUGGCGCAGAUUCGAAAGAUACCGUUAGAGAAAUUCGAGAUCAGUUGGUUGCCCUUCUUGCCAGAGGUCAGUUUGUCCUUCGGAAGUGGGAAAGUAAUGCACCCAGCUUACUAGACGAUAUCGACCCGCAGAAUCAUGGUUUAGCACGCGAAAAAGUCAUUCAAGAAGAUGACCACGUCAAAAUCCUUGGAAUAUCGUGGCAUCCGAUAUCCGAUAGUUACCGAUUUGUCGUGGCUAACGAAAGGUCCCCGCGAAUGACGAAGCGAUUGAUCUUAUCAACGAUCUCACGAUUAUUCGAUCCUCUCGGGUGGCUAUCGCCCGUGAUUAUCACAGCAAAAAUUCUAAUCCAGUCGUUAUGGAGUCUCGAUCUGGACUGGGAUUCGCCACUUCCAAAUGCGGUAGCCUCUGCAUGGCAAGUGUUCAUAGACGAAUUACCGUCGAUCGGUAAUGUCACUAUUCCACGUUGGAUCGGAUUAUUUUCGAACGUCCGAUUUUCACUUCAUGGCUUCUGCGACGCCUCGACCAAGGCUUAUGCAGCUGUGAUCUACAUCCGCAUCGAAUUACCAGACUCCACAAUGAGCAUGCUGCUCACAAGUAAAACUCGAGUAGCCCCCCUCAAGCAAGUAUCUUUACCACGGUUGGAGCUAUGCGGAGCCGCUUUACUGGCCCGUCUCAUGUCACACUUCGUUUCAAUACCUGUGUAUGCCUCAGGCGAGCGAUGCUGUUGGACCGACGCAUCACUCGUCCUCACCUGGGUUCGCGCGCAGUCUUCUAGGUGGAAAACGUUUGUCGCCAACCGUGUAGCCGAAAUACACACGCUUCUACCCGAUGUCAAUUGGCGGCAUGUCCGCGGAGUUGAUAACCCGGCGGAUCUCGCCUCCCGUGGAGUCUCGGCCUUAACAAUUGAAUAUAAUGAUUUAUGGUGGCAUGGCUCCACAUGGCUUAUCGCUCCCGAAACUGAAUGGCCAUCCUUGGACCCCACGCCUAUCGACGAAUCAAUGUUGGAAUGUCGUAAUGUUCCCGUUACAGCUGCCCUCGCUACUCAGCAUUCUAAUAUCAUAUUGGAUCAAUUUUCCUCAUGGCCACGUAUGAUACGGCAAACCCAAUUCGCAACGGAAAUUGCUAUUCUGAAGCAGCAGAAACCCAGCGCCAUCUUACCACGGACGUCUGCACUACGGCGUCUAAACCCGAAACUCGGAACCGAUGGGCUUCUACGUGUCGGAAGUCGCGUGAUACCUAGCCACGCUCAAGAUACUACUGGGUGCCCUAUCAUUUUAAGGUCUUGCCCCGUCAUACGUCUCUUGGUACUCGAUGCCCAUCAACGAUGCUUGCAUGGUGGCAUAUCAUUAACCCUAGCGACCCUCCGAUGCAUGAUCUGGCUCGUCCAAGAGAGGAAAAUCGUUAAAUCUGUCAUGUAUAAUUGCCUCACCUGCGCUCGUAUACGUGCCGAACUGCCGACACAGCUCAUGGGUUCUUUGCCACCGGCCCGAAUAACUCGCCCAACUCGUCCGUUCGCCAUCUGUGGCGUGGAUUAUGCUGGUCCAGUCGCGGUUCGCAUGGCGGGCAUUCGCGGUAUUCGGUCUCAGCGCUCGUACAUUGCAUUAUUUAUUUGUAUGGCGACUAAGGCCAUCCAUUUAGAAGUGGUAACUGCAUUGUCCACCGAUGCCUUUCUAGCAGCAUUCGUAAGGUUUUCCUCACGUAGAGGUUUACCAAGCCAAGUUUAUAGCGACCAUGGCACAAACUUUCAGGGAGCUGAUAGGGAGGUGAGCACUGCAUUCCGGCUCGCGACCCAUAGUCAUGAGCUGCGGCGACGCCUUGCGGAGGAUAGAGUUGAUUGGCAUUUCAUUCCACCCGCUGCCCCCCACUUCGGUGGUCUUUGGGAGGCUGGUGUGAAAUCCGUUAAACACCACCAUACGCGAGUUCUGGGUGAUCGAACACCAACUUAUGAGGAACUCAACACGCUUGUCUGCAGGAUUGAGGCGUGUCUAAAUUCAAGACCGCUAGCUCCGCUUCUUGAUGAUCCAGAAAGCCUGGAAACAUUAACCCCUGCUCACUUCCUUAUCGGCGGUCCUGUAUCUGCGCUUCCGCUACCACCGGUUAUAGACGUAGCCUCUAAUCGGUUGUCACGCUGGCAACUAGUUCAACAAAUGCUUGAACAAUUUUGGGCUUAG